CUCUCCCAACCACGUUCUCUUGGUUUUCGUGCAUUGCGGUUACACCCAAACACCAUAGCCACACCUUCAUCACCAACGAGACUAAUGAUUCGUGCUUCUAGAACCGAGUCCAAAGCUGCAACCUUGGGCUCCAGAGCACCUCAAUUUCAGCUUCCAGAGCCUCUUACUGGUAAAGUUUGGUCAUUGGAGGAUUUUGAAGCAUAUCCAGCUCUACUGAGAACUCAGAUGUGAGGGUGAGAGAGAAGUUACAUGAGCAGAGUUUUUGAGGGCAUUCAAAAUGAGUUUCAAUAAUAGAGUGAUGUACUCUGUCCUUAUAUACUACUUUCUAUAAGCACAGAGCUAAUUACUACCUUACAUUUUACAUUGGGACUUAGCUAACUAAUUGCAUUAGUAACUGAUUCUAACUUUAGGUUCUAACCAACUUCGCGCGCCAAUUGUAUGGAGCUGAGCUAUACACCACCAAGUUAUGUUUAUAUGCAAUCAUUGUCCAUUUGUUAAGCAUCUGAAAAAGGAUAUUGUAAAGCUUACGAAUUUCUAUAUGGAGAGAGGACUUGCCGUGGUUGCCAUUUCUUCGAAUUCUGUAGCCACUCACCCCCAGGAUGGACCGAAAUUCAUGGCAGAAGAAGCUAAGUUGUUUAGCUAUCCUUUUCCAUACUUAUAUGAUGAGUCACAGGAUGUUGCACGAGAUUUUGGAGCAGUUUGUACACCUGAAUUUCUCCUCUACAAAAAGGAUGGUCGGAGGCCAUUUGAGCUGGUUUAUCAUGGUCAGUUUGAUGAUUCGCGACCAAGUAAUAAUGUACCAGUGACAGGAAGAGACUUGAGCUUAGCAAUAGAUCGCGUUUUGAGUGGCCAGCCAGUACCUUCAGAGCAAAAGCCUAGUAUUGGAUGCAGCAUAAAGUGGCACCCAUAGAGGAAAUCCUGAUCUGUAAAUUGUAUUUAUCUUGGAUAAGAUACUAGCCAUUUGUUCUUUCCUUUUCCAUUCAGUCUAUCAGGUAAGUGUGAGGUACAAGACGAUGGGGUAACUUGUGGUUCUUCUAUUUGCUGGAUAAGUCAAGUUGUAUAAGACUAUGUAUGUACAAAAUGAGAAAGCAUUCAGUCACAUUAAGUUCGGGUAUCUAUGUUCUUUGCUUAUUAUGUGGUAAUAUAUAAUAUAGAAAUUUCUUUAGCAAAGCCUUUGGAAAUACUAUGUCAUGGAUAAGAUUUUAUAUUAUUUGUAUCUCCUUUAAAAUAAAAUUAUAGCCAUUUUCUUCCCCUUUAUCUAAAAUAACUA